AUGGAGAAGCUGGAGAUGAUCCCUUCCUCCAAGCAUGAGGAGGCCGUGCAGCCAGCUUUGGAAGUGCACCACUGUGGUAGCCAGGCUCCCGGGCUGAAGCAUAAUGGCAUAGGGGCUUGGGAGUCCGCUGUGGAUGCCUUGUCUGCCUAUGCCAGCUGGUUGCGGACGGACUUCAAGAGGCAGCUCAGCGACAUGGUUGGGGCGCUCAAUGAGAUCAGCCGGGAGGAAGUUCGGAAGUUCGAUGAGAAGCUGUCCCUUGAUUGCUCAGUGCACCAGUUGCAGCCUGAGUCGGGUGCAGAGUGCGGCAAGCACCUCGGGCUACUGGUGGCCCCAAUCAAGAGCAAGGAGCGUGCGCUGGCAAAGAUCAAGGGCGACUAUGAAACGGCCUGGGCGGCGUCUUUUGAGUUGACAUCAGGACGAGACAAAGAAGGAUAUGUUUGCGACUUCCUCCGCGCCACGAUCUACGCAGCGGACCCCUUCGCGCUUGCCCUUGCCUUCCACAGCCUGCAGGAGCGUUUCAAGAUCGUGCGAGUGAAGAACAAGUUCGCGGAUCAGAAGCUCCAAGAUGAGGAGCGCCAGUGGGCUCCGCAGCGCGGUUUGUCAUGGUUUGUCAAUCACACAGGGUUUAGGGUUUAG